AUGGUCGUUCUAGGACAUAGACAUGCGUCGUCGACAGAGCAUGCAGGGAGGGGACACGUUGUGUGGAUUGGGGGAACGGCUCUUCUAUACUUUCCCAAGCUCUUCUCUCGUGGCCCAUCGCCCUAUCGCAAGCUCUUCUUCAUCCCUAUCCUCUGCGCAAACAUCUGGAUACUUCUGGCCUACGGUUUUAUGUCCAGGAAUGGUCUACAUGGUUCCAAUCUGUACGUCGUCAUCAACCCUCGUGAAUCUGAAUCUACAUUGAGCUCAUUGCCUAGGCACGUGAUGUCCACGUCUAGAUUUGGCCACCAUGCUGACAUUCCCGUUACCAACUUCAUUUCCCGCGCUGAUGUUACCGGACAAGCAACAGGCCAUGGAAGGAAGCUUGCGGCCUCGGCUCUGACCCUUACUAUAUCGUGGGUCAUGUUCACGAAUCCCAAGGUGGUUUUACCAGCGCUUACGUCUUCGCAGGUUUUUUCAGUCUGUUCUUCCUCCACAAGCGUGUUCGUGCUCGUCGCGAGUCUCGUCUCAGACUGGAAGGUGCUGAGGUGGGUCAGGUGGUUCCAAACAACGACUACAGCGCCACUUCGCGUCCUCGGCCCCAGCGCCCUGUUUAUGAUCCCCCAGAUGCCCCCAUGGCCAGGUGGAUCUUCUGAGCUGAAUGCAGUGCCGUAA